CCACUCGUAUAGCGAUUCCACGUAACCGAACGAAAACAAAACGUACCUCGAGACAAUCCGCCGUCAGGAUCCAGGCAAGGUCUAGAUUCUCGUCGAGGACACGUCGAUCUCGUUCGACCGGGUGCACCACGAGUCGGGAAAGCAACGACAGCCCGCGUACGCCGCGCGCACCGUUUCAAGAGACCGCGUCCAAGCCCGGUUUAACAUAUGAUCCCCACGGAAAGGCGGGAAAUCUCGCGACCGUACAUUUUGACGGACUCUGUGGUGGGAUGAGAAUAUGCCCCAGUGAUGUUGCAUCGAAGCACAUCGUCGCGACGCUGUAGGGGUGCGACGGCGGUCGCAGGGCCAAGGGGACGACGCGCCAGCGUCGCUACCGACAGACCAGUGGACAUGCCGCAAACGAGUCCUAGAUCAACCAUGGAACGGCAACGAUCUCCUCGAGGCAGUUUCGUUCCAGAUAUUGCUCUGGACCCCGAGACAGACUCCUCCGACGAGGUCAUGAACCACAGGAUGCUACCGGAGCGAGACCAGUACGGCGGGUCUAGGAGCAUGAUCAACCAGAGAAUGAGCAGGAGUCCGCGGAACUCUUUGGUGCCGGACGACUACUACAGGUGUCCACGGAACGGACGUAACUUGGUCACGCCUGAGAUGCAGAUGUACGGAUCGCGACACUCGUUGGUCCCCGAGGUGGCCAUGAGUCCCAGGAACUCGUUGGUCCCGGACAUGCCGUACGAUAGAAGCCCGAGGAACAGCCUGGUGCCUCUGACCGGCUCCAGGACGUCUCUGAUGUCGGAGAACGGUAAACCCAUGGUGAGUCGCAGCCCCAGGCCGUCUUUGAUACCGAACUCGUCGAGGAGUCCGCACGGCAGCAUCACCAACAUGGAGCUGAUCGAUCGAAGCCCCCAGAGGAGUCCGCGGUGUUCGAUAGCCUCGGAGUGCCUGAAUCAAAGUCCGAGGAACUCGAUUGCUCCUUACGAGCCACAACCGAGCAGGUCAUCGCGCGGUAGCAUCGGCGUCAACGACGUUCCCAGGGGAUCCAUCGGGGCUAACGAGGAAGAAAUGAGAAGCCCGCGACGCACCAUCGAUCCGGACAUCAUCGACAGGACUCCGAGGGGCAGCCUCGGCGGUCUCCCGGAAACCAGGCCCACGAAAGCCAGCCUCAUGGCCCAGGAUCCGAGGAGGGCUUCCGCCGAUCAGGGUUUGAGCGGAAGCAGAAAUUCUUCGCCUUACCGAACGAAAGAAGUGAAUUCUGGGAGCGUGAAGUCUGGCGGAAGUACGAUCCAGAUCAAUCUGGGAUACGGACAGAACGCUGUGGAGGAUUCAAGACGAGCCAGCAGUUCCGUGUCUCAGUUUUCAGGCGACGAGUCACGCAGACUGUUCAACAGCGUGGCGAAAGUGCCGAAGAACACCCUGGAGAACGGAAAUCUGGGCGUGAUAACGUACGGCUCGGUGGUGUUCCAGCUGAAGGAUGCAAAUUUGGAGGCGAACGGCACCUGUGAUUUCGUGUUCCGCGCGCUGAAAGUCGUCUUUAAAACGCGAGUGGUGACAGUGUGUCUGGUGUGUCUGUUCACGUUCCCGGUAUUGAUGCUGAUCUUCGGCUGGAAGUACUCGAACGAGUGUCCGAAGGAGGAAAGCUUACCGAUUUACAUGAUCAUAGGCGGGGCGUGUGGCAUGAUAUUGAUGGUGUUGAUGAUUUACUCGCAGAUACGAUCGAGAAGGGCGAAGGUUAUGUCGGUUCUAUCGCAGAGACCUAAAGUAACCCUUUCCAAAGUGAUCAUCGUUACCUUAUCUCUCUUUCUGAUGUGCUGGUUCGUGGCGGGGAAUUACUGGAUACUCAGCAUCAUGUGGCCGUCCUUUAGCCGCCCUACUUACUCGCCUGACGACUAUUGCAACGAGCUCCUGUACAAAUUCUCGUUGUUUCAUCUGGUAGUGAUAUACACGAUUGUCGCUAUCACGCUGCUGGUAAUGAUAGUCCUGGCGUCUUUUAGAAUUUUAGCGUGCCCGUUACCGCAAAGAUACAAAUAACCACGACGAUCCGCACGAGUACGAGAAGUGACAACCGCGAGGAGGUGGAACAUCGACGCCGGGGACAAGGAGAUCUGUUACGUUCAAGGGCAGACAUUGAAGACCGUCGUGGAGCAGAACGAGGACAGCGAGAAUCUGAAAAGCUCCGCGAGCGUUUCCGACGACGAGGCCAUGCGAAAUUGUCUGAACGAGACGCGAUUAUACCUAUCCGAGCAACAGGACAUAGACGUCGAAACGAAAAAGAGAGUGGAAAAUAACAGAGGGGCUCGCAAUCCCGCGGGAUACGACUAACCCGACGUAGAACAGUAACUACUACGAAGAUCGUGACUUACCAAUUUUCAGGAAAACGACGUUCCACCGGCGGAAGAGGCAAACGUAGACAAAGAUUCCCCGUCAACACGAUGCGACGCUAAGAGUUACAUUACACCAGGAGCAUGACCGACAGCGUCGUCGAAAGGCGAUUAAUCUCGAUAAAGCUCGAUCGAAGAAGACCCAGGCAGUUCUCUCGAUGAAGCCAGAGAGGAUAAUCGCGACGAUCGUUGCAACGAGCUUUCGAUCUCAUACGGGUGUCCUGGAACUAGGGAUUCUUAGGAACCAUUAUCGAAAACGUGGCUGAUACCGCGUAGGAAUGGACGACACUUCGCCAAGAGGAUUUCG